AUGGAUGCGGAUGAUCGACAGACUCAGCCCGGCGCACCCUACUAUAGGCUGUCGCAGGGCCCGCCUGAGGGAAGCCCACCACAAGAGCCGAAGGUUGAGCAACAGCAGCAAGAUAAUCCUCAAGCUCAGUGGCAUGUGAGCCAGCCGUACAACCCGUACGCCUUCGGUUUUCCACCUCAGUCUCAACCUCACCCGGAGCAGCAACAGGUCGUCGGAAACCCGCCUCAGCCAUACGCUCAAUAUGGCAACCCGCCCUACGCACCCUACUACCCGCCGAUGGGAUACGGAGGUUAUCCUCACAACUUUCCGCCUCAGCAGCUUGAGAACAGUUCGCGUGACCAAACUUCGCAGGGGCAGUUCCAACAACCUCCGCCGGCGCCAGCCCCGGAUGGUCCUCAGGUCCAUCCAGGCGCCCUGCAGCACCCUCAGCCUGGACAGCACCCUCAGUUCCAGCAGAUUCCAUACCCCGGCUAUCCUCCUCAUCCGCAGAUGCAACAGUUUCCACAUGCCUGGAUGCCGCCCGGUUACUAUCCAAACCCACUCGGCGGCCAGAUGCAACCCGUCAACAGCCAUGCAGGUAGUUCAGACCCGCCGCACCACGGCGCUACCGCGCAUCCCGGUCAGGCGGGAAGUCCGACACCUCAAGUCGAGCAGAAGAUGCACCAUGGAGGUUACCCGCUCCCUCCUUCGGGCAAGCCAGCGUAUCCUUCUCCAUAUCCGCUAGUUCCUACAGAUAACACCGCCAACCCGGUUCGGCCUCACGUUCAAGACCCGGUUGCGCAGCCCGCGCCUGCGCCCGCGCCUCAACCCGUGCCUCCCGCUCCGCGUUCACGAGAGCCGUCCUACGCGCCAUCAAGAUUGUCUUCUGUCGCGCGUACCAGCGCCAACACCAAGACCGCUGCGACCGCCCCCGCUCCCGCCGUGACGACCCGGCGUGCCGCGCGCGCGCGCUCCGCCGCACAAGCUGCCGCCAUCGCUGACAGCCAACAGGGUGGCGAUGACUCCACCAGCAAGCCAGCCGAUGCUACCGCGCACAUCGAAGGCAUGACAAAUGCCAUGUCCAUCACCGAGACCCCCGCCAUCGAGGCCGCUGGCUCCGCAACGAAGCGCACACUUCUCUCGCCCCCACCUCCCUACGGUCCCACCGCCACCAACCCCGACUUCCGCUGCUCGCAGGAGACGCAGCGCUUGCAUCACCUCACCCUCGAGCGCGGCGGCAAGAAGACCAACAACAUCAAUAUCCACGGCGUCAAGCAUGCGCAUAUCUGCGUCGAGUGCUCGACCAAGAGGAAGAGAGGGUGCGAUCGGCUGUGGCCGUGCGUGAAUUGCUGUCGGGUCAACAAGAAGUGGGGAGAUUGUCGGUACGAGAGUACGAACGAGGUGCCGUCGGACUCAGAGGACAAGGGAGACGGCGGGGUGUCCGAGAACUGCAGCCCGCCGGCCUUCCACGACGCUCGCAGCGGCUCAAACACUCCAUCUGCGGCCGGACCGACGACUAUGCUGACGACGACGACGACGGCCGCCACUCGUCACUCUACGCCGGCGCCUGGUGAUAGCGACAGUCCUGCCGCCGUCUCCUCGCAUUUGCCUAGGCGGUACUCUCCUCCGCUCCACCUCAAUCUCGAUUUCGGACCGGACGGACCCAUCUCGCUUGGGACAUACGCGGCGCAGAGACAGCAAGAAGAAGCACGGAUUGCGCAGGAGAAGAAGCAGCGUCAGCAGCAGCGAAAGUGA